AUGAGAUUGUUUGUGGCAUUCACGGAGGUGCUGACCACAGUGGAACACCGCUUUGGGGCUUGGGAAAUAAGCACUGAGCGGUGGGAUCACAUUGUGAUGCACGUCCGGGAUGACGGGCAGCAGCUGCAGAACUUUCGCAUGAGGAAAGCCACAUUCAUGAGAGUGUGUCUGUCCCAGCCAGAAGCCCCAGCCAUGGGCAGAGCCCUGCUGCUUCAGCAGGAUGCCGGAGAACAGGAGCUCCUGGCUCAGGGCCCCCCUUGGAGAGCAGGGGCUCCUGUCCCCCCUGCAGUCACCCUGAGGGUCCUGAUCCUCGCCCUGCUCUGGAGGGGGUCCCUGGCCCAGCAGUCCGGAUUUACCCUGACGGUGCCGCAGUCGGUGUCGGUGCAGGAGGGUCUCUGCGUUCUCGUCCCCUGCACCUUCACGUACCCAGCCUCGUACGACACUAAGAAUUCCUCAGCCCGGCUCUACAGAUACUGGUACAAGGAUCCAGCCGAUGUGGGCCGGAAUCCGCCUGCGGCCAGCAGUGACCCCCGCCGGGGGGUGUCGCAGGAGACCCAGGGCCGGUUCCAGCUGGCGGAGAAUCCAGCGCGCGGCGACUGCUCCCUGCAAAUCAGCGACGCCCGACGGAUGGAUGUGGGGAGAUAUUUCCUUAGAGUCGAAGGAGACUUUAGCUACAAUUACAUCUCCACUACCGAUCGCACUGACCUUACGCUCACGAUCUCGGUGCCAGGGCUGACAGAGGAGCCAGAGAUCCAGAUAUCGCCGGCGCGGGGGCUGCCAGGGACGCUGCUGGCCGGGGAGCCAGUGACUGUGUCCUGCACGGCCCCUGGGCGCUGCUCCGGGCCCCCUCCCCGAGUCACCUGGACGGGGCCGUUCAGCGACACAGCCCAGAACGUCUCAGCCCAGCUGGUGAACGGCACCUGGGCCCACAGCUCCGCGCUCAACUUCACGCCUGGCCUGGGGGACCACAGCAAAGAGCUCGUCUGCAACGUCACCUACAGGCCACCACGGGGACCUUCCACCCGCAGAACCGUCCGGCUCCACGUCGUCUGCCCCAGCCCGACCCAGAACGUCUACACAGACCUCGGAGGAAACGUCCGCCCUGCAACCAGAGACCCGCAGCCCGAGCCCAGCGAGCCCGACCCAACGGACCCAGGCUACCCGCCUGGGCCCCUCAACAUCACCGGGACCCUGACCAGGAACGGACGCCCCGUGCCAGAGGCGUGGGGAGCUGAGGGCGACGUCGUGUCUCUGGAGACCCAGGAGGGCGACUCCCUGAGCCUGAGCUGUGAGGCUGGGAGCAGACCCGAGGCCACCCUGAGCUGGGCCAAGGGGAACGAGUCCCUGAGCCCCGGCCAGGGAGGGGCCGGGCACCUGGAGCUGCUGAAUCUCAGCCCAGGGGACGCUGGGGAGUAUCGGUGCUGGGCCAAGAAUUCCUACGGGUCGGCCAGCCGGGCCCUGCGUGUGCACGUGCAGAAUCCCAGCACCCUGGUGGCGAACGGGUCACAGCUCACAGCCCGGGAGGGCGACUCCCUGCGGUUCCUCUGCUCCGUCGCCAGCAGCCCCCCAGCUGUGCUGGGCUGGGUGAGGGGGGGCCGAGCCGUCGAGGGUACCCGCCCCACGGGGGAGAAUCAGCUGUGGCUGGAGCUGCCCAACGUGACGGCUGAGGACGGGGGGCUGUACGGGUGCUGGGCCCAGAACAAGGAGAGCUCUGCCCAGGGGACGUUCCAGCUGCUCGUCGAGUACAGCCCUCGGCCGGGGACCGGGCUGAACUUGUCCUGCCAGCGCCAGGGGCCCAGCAUUAGCUGCAGCUGCUCCCUGCGCUCCCAGCCCCCGCCCCGGCUCCAGUGGCAGGUGGAUGGGGAGCCCCUGGCUGGAAACGACUCACGGGGGGCCUUGCAGGUCAGCUCAUGGGCCCAGGGGGAUGAGGCCAUCAGCACCCUGAGCUGGAUGGGAAUUGGGGAUGGGGGCUCUCAGAUCUUCUGCUUCGGUUCCAACUCCCACGGGACCUUCGCUGCCCUGCACUUUGAACUCAGCCCUUUGCAGAGAGGUGCAGAGGAGCCUGGCAAGCUGCUGGGCCUCGGGGUGGCCUGUGGGCUGGGGGUCGCCGUCGGCUUCUUCCUUCUCGGGCUCUGUGUGAUCAAGCUGCGGGGCCGGGAGCCAGAGCCCCCCAGCGCCGAGGCCGGGGAGACGGCUAACGGGAGCCAGGCCAAGCACAUGGCCAACGACACCAGCCUGAUCUACAUUAACGUCCCCACCAUCCCCAUGGAUCACAAGACUCCAGCCAAAGGUGUCCAGGACGGGGCUGCAGCAGCCCAGGCCCCGCUAGGCCCCGGGGAGCCGGACGAGCUGCACUACGCUGCCAUUGACUUCUCCAAGCUGCAGCACAAAGCGGGGGAGCCCCGAGAGGCCCUGGCCACAGAAUAUUCCACGAUCCGGUGGAAAUAG